GGGGCGUGCACUGGCAGGAAGUCACGUGCAGCCGGGUGUCGCGGGGGACAGUGGCGGGUGGGGUUGGUGGUCAUCCCUCGGUUGGGCAGCGAUGGCGGCGACUAGCGAUGCUGUGUCUCCGGACUGGGAGUUUGAUCGGUUCGAUGACGGCUCUCAGAAAAUUCAUGCUGAGGUACAGCUAAAAAGUUAUGGGAAAUUUCUUGAGGAAUAUACAUCUCAGCUGCGGAGAAUUGAAAAUGCCCUGGAUGAUUCUAUUGGUGAUGUGUGGGACUUUAGUCUGGAUCCAAUAGCACUAAAGCUGGUGCCCUUUGAACAGUCUUCUCUUCUGGAGCUCAUCAGAACGGACAACAAGGUUUUAAAUAAAGUUAUAACUGUGUAUGCUGCUUUGUGUUGUGAGAUUAAGAAAUUGAAAUAUGAGGCAGAAACAAAAUUCUAUAAUGGACUUUUAUUCUAUGGGGAACCAGCUGCAGACUCGAGCGUUGUAGAGGGCGAUUCCCAAAUCCAAAUGGGAAGGUUUGUUUCCUUCCUGCAGGAACUGUCGUGUUUUGUGACGAGGUGUUAUGAAGUAGUGAUGAAUGUUGUGCAUCAGUUAGCAGCUUUAUACACCAGUAACAGGAAUGAAACCAAGAUCAUUGAGACAUCGGGAGUUCAUUUUUUGACGAUGUAUAAGCACCUGGGGGAGCUGCUGACCGUGCUGCUGACUCUGGAUGAGAUCAUAGAAAACCAUGCUACUCUGAAGGAUCACUGGACCAUGUAUAAAAGGUUAUUAAAAUCAGUUCAUCAUAAUCCUGGGAAAUUUGGGAUUCAAGAGGACAAAUUGAAACCCUUUGAGAAACUGCUUUUAAAGCUGGAAAGCCAAUUACUUGAUGGCAUGCUGUUUCAGGGCUGUGUUGAACAACAGUUUGACUCUUCCAAUGGUGGUGUGUCUGUCUCAAAGAAUGGUACAUUUGCGGAAGAGUUUGUGCAUAACAUUCGCACAAUAUUUUCUAAUGUUGAAGUUAAACUUGGAGAAGCCUCUGAAAUUGAUCAGCGAGAGAGAUAUGUGGGGCUCUGUGGGCUGUUUGUCCUUUACUUCCACAUAUUUCGUACAGUAGACAAGAAGUUUUACAAAUCUCUUCUAGAUGUGUGUAAAAAGGUUCCAGCAAUCACUUUAACUGCCAAUGUAAUUUGGUACGCUGACAGUUUUCUAAUCCAGAAGGUUCCAGCUGCUGCCAAAUUAAUGGACCGGAAGAGUUUACAUUCCAUUAAGACACAGAGGGAAAGCUAUCUACAAACAAAGGCUCAAUCCCUAACCAAAGAUGUCCAGUCAUAUUAUGUACUUGUGAGUGCUUGGAUGAUGAAGAUGGAAUCCAUUUUGUCCAGAGAGCAGAAAACUGAAAAAUUUGCUGAGGAUCUGACCAACAGAUGUAACAUAUUUGUACAGGGUUUUCUUUAUGCCUGUGGCCUUAGCAACAUCAUCAAAACCACUAUGAACCUGUAUAUGUCUAUGCAGAAACCUAUGACCAAAACAUCGGUGAAAGCAUUAUGUAGACUUGUAGAGCUUCUCAAGGCUAUUGAGCAUACUUUCCACAGAAGAAGUAUGAUGGUUGCUGAUUCAGUGUCCCAUAUCACUCAGCACCUCCAGUAUCAAGCUCUUGCUGCCAUUGCUGUUGCAAAGAAGCGAGUAAUUUCUGACAAGAAAUACAGUGAGCAGCGCUUGGAUGUUCUCUCCGCCCUAGUCCUGGCUGAGAACACUCUGAAUGGCCCUUGCACAAGGCAGAGGAGACUAGUAGUAGCACUAGCAUUAAGUGUGGGAACACAGAUGAGAACGUUUAAAGAUGAGGAACUUUUACCACUCCAGCUAGUUAUGAAGAAACUGGACCUCAUAAGUGAAAUAAGGGAAAGAGUCCGGGCACAGUGUGACUGCUGUUUUCUGUAUUGGCAUCGGGCAGUAUUUCCAAUUUAUCUGGAUGAUGUAUAUGAAAAUGCUGUUGAUGCAUCCAGGUUACAUUAUAUGUUCAGUGCGCUAUGGAGCUGUGUCCCCGCAAUGAUGCACGCCAGGCACCUGGAGUCCCAUGAAGUAUUACUGAAAUGCUAUGACAAGGAAAUCAUGGAAGUAUUGACAGAGCAUCUGUUAGACAAGCUAUGUAAAGAAAUAGAAAAGGAUCUCCGUCUGUCUGUCCACACUCACCUCCAGCUUGAUGAAAGAAAUCCUUUUAAAACUGGUUUGAAGGACUUGGCCUAUUUCUUCUCACUGACGCCUAUACGCUUCUUUGACAGAUUUAUUGAUAUCAAAGCCUAUGUUACUCAUUAUCUGGAUAAAACCUUCUAUAAUGUGACAACUGUAGCGCUGCAUGACUGGGCCACUUACAGCGAGAUGAGGAACUUGGCAACACAGCGCUAUGGCCUAACGAUGACUGAGCCUCAUUUACCAAGCCAGACAUUGGAGCAGGGUUUGGAUGUCCUGGAAAUCAUGAGGAAUAUUCAUGUAUUUGUGUCGCGUUACCUGUACAACCUCAAUAAUCAGAUCUUUGUAGAAAGGACCAGCAACAACAAACACCUGAACACCAUCAACAUCCGCCACAUUGCCAACUCCAUUCGAACGCACGGCACUGGGAUCAUGAGUACAACUGUUAACUUUACGUACCAGUUUCUACGGAAGAAGUUUUAUAUAUUUAGCCAGUUUAUGUAUGAUGAACACAUAAAGUCUAGAUUGAUCAAGGAUAUUAGAUAUUUCAGAGAAGUUAAGGACCAAAAUGAUCAGAAGUAUCCUUUUGAAAGAGCUGAAAAAUUUAAUCGCGGCAUCCGGAAGCUUGGCCUCACACCUGAUGGACAAAGUUAUCUUGAUCAGUUCAGACAACUCAUUAGUCAAAUAGGGAAUGCUAUGGGCUAUGUCAGGAUGAUCCGGUCUGGUGGUCUUCACUGCUGCAGUAAUGCAAUCAGAUUUGUCCCAGACUUAGAAGAUAUAGUCAAUUUUGAAGAGUUGGUAAAAGAGGAAUGUCUUUCUGAAGAAACUCAAAAGGCUGCAAGACAGCUAGACUUCGUUCUGAGCGAUCUAACACGCAAUUCCGCAGAAGGCACAGAGUAUUUCAAAAUGCUAGUGGAUGUUUUUGCUCCUGAAUUUCGUAGUGUAAAGAACAUUCACCUCCGGAACUUCUACAGCAUUGUUCCGCCACUGACACUUAACUUUGUUGAGCAUUCCAUUAACUGCAAGGAGAAGCUGAAUAAGAAAAACAAAGUUGGUGCUGCUUUUACGGACGAUGGAUUUGCUAUGGGUGUUGCUUAUAUCCUAAAGCUUUUGGACCAGUACCAAGAGUUUGACUCAUUGCACUGGUUCCAGUCUGUAAGAGAAAAGUACCUUAAGGAGAAAAGAGCUGUCUCCAAGCAGCAGAAUGUGCAGUCAAAUAAUCAGGAUGAAAAGCUGCUUCAGACCAUGAACUUAACACAGAAGAGACUGGAUAUUUAUCUUCAGGAAUUUGAGUUUCUUUACUUCUCACUGAGCAGUGCCCGGAUAUUCUUUAGAGCGGACAAAACAGCAGCUGAAGAAAAUCUGGAGAAGAAAGAAAAGGAAGAAACGUCUAAAGCAAAUGAAGAUAACCUUCCAGUCAUUUCCUCUGACACUGGUAUGAAAUGAUGCGGCUAAGGAACGUACCAUGGAGCGCUAGAACUUUGUCCGACCUGUCGACUUGGAAGGUUAAUUACUCACAAGUGGUGAACGCAAGGGGCUGGAUACAGACAUUUCACCUGACAAAGUGAUCACUGCUUGUCCCAGAUAUCUCGCUAAGACGGCAGUAGCAGCACUGUACAGAUGCAUGGGAAAUGAGCACAUCUGGAUGUUUCACCUUUUGUUAAAGCCACAGAGGAGAACUGAAAGCCAUUUAGUGUUGCCUGUAAAUAAACAAUACACUUUUUCGACCGUUAUUUUGUGCAGUUUGAUAUUACAGGUGAUAGAAAUAGUUUGAACUUCCCAGUAUCCAGGAUUGACUAGAGCAGGCUUUAGAUCAGAAAAGCCAUGCAAACCAGAAAAGUAGAAGUAAAUGUACUUAUUAUUAAUGACAUGAGAAGGAUCUGUGUUUGUAUAUGUGUAAAUCGCCCUUUUUGUACAUCAAAUAUUGUAAAUGUCAAAUCUUCAGAUGUAAAAAUGUAUAAAAUACAUUAUUUCAA